AACAGGAGGCGGUAGAACUCAGACUGCAAACUGAAAUCAAGAAAUAUUACCAUACGUGUGCACUCCAUUACUUCCAUCUCAUACAUGCCCGUAUUCGCCUUACAACUCAAGGCUGAACUUGAAGGGGUUUCAAGAAUCGAAACAACAGGGCGCUACUGCGUGGACUUGAGCAAAGAUGGAGAAUGCAAACGAGGUGUAUUCAUCGACAUGUCCGAGUCUGUGGCAAUGGCAGACAGCCGCGGAACCUGUCACAUGCAAAUCAAGUUGCCUGGCAUGACAAAACCCGCCAACUUGACUAUCCUGGAAACAGCUCCGUACACAACAAGCGACAGCGGAGCUUUUCAAACAGUAGCGCGUAUAGAGGCCCGAGGCGUGGAUGUGGAGGCUUGGCGAGUUCGGGAUGACUUUGUGGUUGUAUCAGAGGGAGGGACUCGUUUUGAGGCGGCGAACCUGGUUGACGGAGACUACACAGAAUACGACGAGGAGCAUAACCAGGCGGUCUCAGUAUUGGAGGUGGCGACAAACGUAGUUGUUGGGAAAGGCCCAAAAAGGUGAAGCAGGCGUGGCGCGAUUAUAUACGCAGAAAGUCGUGUAUGUUCGCAACGAGAGAGCACUCCGUACCUAGUUUUUUGUCCAUUGCUUUUUCAUGAC